AUGAUUUCCCGAUCACUGGAUGAUCACAUGCCAUCCUCAUCCACCUCUCCCCAUCCAUUACAGCGCAAUCUUGCUCCGCACUUACAUCCAUUUCAGAAACCUCGAGAGUACGCCCGAGCACUCACAGCAGUGAAGAUGGACAGGAUGUUCGCCAAGCCCUUCGUAGAUGCCCUAGGUGGACAUCAAGAUGGUGUCUAUUGUCUUGGGAAAGAUUCGAGGAGGGUCGGAGUAGUAGCCGGAGGAGGGGGUGAUGGAGAAGUCAUCGUCCAUUCGUUGACACUUCGAAGACCAUUAUUGAAAAUACCUCAUGCGCAUAAAGGCAUGGUAGGUGGGAUUUGUUGGACAUCCGAAUCUCAUGAUGGUCAAAGAGGGAUGAUCACCGCUGGAAAAUUAGAUGGUACAAUCAAGAUUUGGAGAUCAGAAGCAUUCGCACCUGGAAUAAGGGAUAAAGAAUCAUUUCAAGGAUCGGAAUUCGCUAGUGGUUCUGGAUCUGCAGGACAUCAACAACAUUUAGAUCAAGCUGGUGCAAUUGGUGAAAAUGGUUUGGACAUAGACGUCGAUUUUGAUGAAGAGGAAGAAGGAGGUGGAUUGAAUUUGGAUUUUGCGAAAAGAGAUAAAUUAGGAGAAAGUUUAGAACCUAAAAUGGUAUAUACGAAUAAGAAUGGUCUAAAUGGAAUAGAUCAUCAUCGAACUGAUUCAGUAUUCGCUACUGCGAGUAACACCGUACAGAUCUGGGAUGAAAAUAGAUCGGCCGCCCUGUCGAAUCUACAAUUUGGUAGUUCACUUGAAACCGUGAAUAAAGUGAAAUUCAAUCAGAGUGAAACGAGUGUAUUGGCAAGUGUAGGAAAUGAUAGGACGAUGUGUUUGUAUGAUAUUAGGACAGGUAAAGCGGAGAGAAGGAUAGUGAUGCAGUUCGUCUCAAACGACAUAUCAUGGUGUCCAACACUCCCGACAACAAUUUUAUUAGCCAGUGAAGAUCAUAAUUUGUAUACUUUCGAUAUCAGGAACCUCAAUUCCCCAAGCCAGAUAUACAAAGGUCAUGUUGGAGGAGUCAUGGGAUGUGACUGGAGUCCUACUGGCGAAGAGUUUGUGUCUGGUUCAUACGAUCGAACAGUCAGGUUGUGGAGUAGGGAUUCUGGUAAAUCGAGGGAUGUGUAUCAUACUAAGCGAAUGCAGAGAGUGUUCGACGUAACCUACACUCCUACAGCGGAUUUCGUCCUCUCCGCCUCUGACGACGGUAACGUAAGGAUAUGGAAAUCAAACGCAUCCAAGAAACUCGGUGUGGUAUCGAGCAAAGAGAGACAGGCGAUUGAACAUCGACAGAAACUUGUUGAGAGAUACUCGGCUGAGAAGGGAGUUCGAUCCAUCAAAGAUAGAAGACAUGUUCCUCAGAGUAUACAUAAUGCUACGAAGUUGAAGAGAGAUAUGAUGGAGAGUAGGAAGGUCAAGGAAGAUAGGAGGAGGGAACAUAGUAGGAAAGGAAGGGAGAAGCCAAAAGCUGAGAGGAAGAAGGCUGUCAUCGUCGAGCAGAAGUAG